CCCGUUAUAUACACUAUUCAGAAACUAUAUUCUAGAUCUUUAUCAAAAUGUUUUCUAAAAUUCUCGUUUUCGCUCUACUUAACGUUUUUAGCGCCCUUUGCAAUUUUUCACUAGUGCCUUCUCAGGUUUUACUACCGAGAACCUCCGUUUACACAUCUAAGCGGACUCAUCAACCAAUAACGGUGAACACCCAGAUCCCGUUAAAAAUCGAGCCCACUUUAUGUGUAAUCUGGAAAAUCCAAGAUCCUCAGCUCCUCGCCUUUGAUAAGAGCAACUACACUCACCCCAAAUCGAAGGUCCCAGGAGAUUCCCAGGAUUUUGAACCAUACACCCCUCACGAACUCAAAAAUUGCUUACCUUCUGUUGUUAUUAACACUGUACCUCUUAAUUUUAAAACCGACACAUUAUACAAUUUGGAAAAAAACAUAAAAAAUAUAAAAAAUGAAAAAAAUGAAAAAAAAAUUAACACCGGCUCGAAAUCUGGGCUGGAAAAUGUACAAACAAUUUCUGACCUUAGAACGUUUGUUUUUGCAUACGACUCUAAGUUCAGAUUCCACGGUGUGACUGAAGUCGUGAUCUCCAAGCUUGACCACCUUACCCUUGAGACGGCUUAUCGCAAGAUUUCAAAAAACCAAACCUUUACCCUGAAAUUAAGGGGCUUUGACAAGGUUGGAAACACAUUCACAUCCCUAGAAGGCCUACCCUUCUACCUAUCCUUUUCGGGCUCCAGAAUCUUCGACGUUUUGGACAAUGAAGGGGAGUUAUACUCGGAAAAGAGAGCCUCGGUACUAUCGCAGGCAGAACACUUUGAUUUGCCAGAAAACACAACACUUGUAACCGAUGUUUUGAUGUUAAAAGGAGCUAAAGUCGGCAAAACUACGCUCACUUUUGGCCUUUUCCUCGACGAAUACUCCGACGUGGCGACACCGCCAGUGGAGUUUGUGGUAAACGACUCAGUGGUUCUAUCCCACCAACAGCUUUACCUACUUGAUAACACGUCAUUCCAGCUAACACUCAAGUAUCCAUCAUCAGAAUACGUAUACCAGUACCCUAACGGGAACGGGGAUAUCAAUUUGUCAAACUAUGAGUGGUCAACUGAUGCAGAUGCGGAUAAAUUAACCCUAGAUAAAGGACUUGUACAAGUACAUUUACACUCAGAGUCCAAAGAAACGCCUCCAUCCGACAAACCCUCUACCAAUGAAUACAAAUGUGUAGUGUACUGUAAGGAUAAAAGGACCGACCAGGUUCUAAAGACCUACGUCAAUGUCAUGAAGCCACACUCAGUGGUAAUAAAGCACAACUCACUAGGCAAUUUCCACACCUGCUUAAUGAACAAGGACUUAUUAGCGUUAAAAGAUUUCAAAAUGACAAAAUUGGCUGAUACCCAGUAUGAAGAUUAUUUGAAUAUUUUAUCGCAAUCGGGUGGUGAACUUUCUGACUGUUAUAACCAGAAACAGGAAGAAAGGGGAGAUGUGAUUAACCUCUUCGAGGGUAACCACUAUCUGUUCAAGCUAAACCUGCUAACAUAUAAUAAGAAUGUUUUCGACUCAAUUGACGCUAACGCAGUUUCAUUCAAUUCAACCUCAGCCGAUGAGGAUGGGUUGUUGACGCUGAUGAAGCAGAAAGAUAAUUAUUAUGUAUUCAAGGCUAGUAAUCUGGGUUGUCAGUACUACAACGUCAGUUAUGACUUGUCGCGUUCAGAAAACCCAGAAAAACUCUCCAAUAAGUAUCAAAUUUGUGUACUAGAGCAAGUCAAACUACAAGGCUUUAGUACGACCAAGGCUAAACUUAAAGACGGGUAUCCAUGUGCCGAGAGACCUUUGGUGGUAUUGGUUGGAGAUGAAUUUGAACUUAAUCCAAAAGGUGGCUCAGGACGAUACAGAUAUGAACUGGAUAACUGCCACGUGGAAAAUAACAAGUGUGUCUGCAACAAAAAAGGCUCAUACCAGUUGAAGAUUGUUGAUUCUAAUAAUGAAGAAAAUGGUCUCCUAGUACAGGUGAUAUCAACCACAAUUAAGUCUUCCAAGUUCCUCCACGUAUCUGGUAAUACAACAGUGCCAGAACUACAUAACCAAGUUAAUGUGAGACUGAACCAAUCAUUCUCACUGAGGCUAAGCCUGUUUGGUGAUUUGCAGGGAUUCAAGCCCAUGUUUAAGGAGAAGUUUGAGCCCGAAGACUCGAUACUGUACUCAUUCAACUAUUUAACUAAACCAAGUUACCUGAUACCAUUUAAUGAGCGGGAAAAGGAAAUGUUUGGUGAAGAUUUCUCAGAAAACAUGCCGAGAAUGCUGAAUUACGAUAAGAAUGUGCUAGAGUUUAAAGGCGUUGAAAAGGACCCAGGUGGCUUCCUGCUCCUAAACUUCCACACACUAGCCUGUAACACAACUAAACUUUACCUUAACCUGGAGUUGAUAAAGUCAUUGACAGACACUCCAAAACGACUAGAUAUACUUCAGGAUCAGGCAGGAGCAAAGUUUGCGGAGUUGGUGGUCAAUGUGUACAGAGACCCGGUGCUCUACGUUAGCGAGAAGCACCAGCUACCAGUGCUUAACUUGACAACUGUUACUCCACACUCAGAAGUACUGGCGAAUAUACCACUUGGAGGCAUGCUCGAGCUGAACUAUAAGUAUGGUGUACCAAACGUUAAGCCUAAACUGUUGAGUACUGGCGGAGGUGGAGCUAACAGCGUGCUACACAUAGAACCUCUUACACCAAGUGAUAAGGACUCAGGAAAUGGGUUCAUGGUCUACUGUUUGAAUUUGGGCUCAGAAGACGUUUCAUUUGAGUUUUUGGAUUAUAAGAAGGAGUACAGAAUCAAGUGCAGCAUGCCUAAAUAUAACCGAAUUUACCCACUAAACAAGCUGACCAGUGAUUUGUACGAGCUGGUUCAAACAAGUUAUGAAGAAGACCAGAAUCCUUCAGAAAAGGAUCAGGAGGUUGAAAGAAGAUAUACAGUUAACAAGAAUAAGGUUAAUCGAUAUGUUAACCUAUUAUUCGACUCGGAUAAUAACCUACUGUUGCCAUCGAAACUGUAUAGACCACACUUCAACUUAUACACUCAAAAUGACGAAGAAUUAUCUAGUUCACAAUUUGAAGAGAUAUCAGGUUCUCAACUUGAAGAAGUGGGUAAGGAUGGAGAAAUGAUGGUGUUUAAGUUGAAUGAUUCAUUUAAAGGAAGUGGGAUGAAGGUGGUUGGAGUUUACAGAUAUGAAAACUACCCUGAAAACUAUUCUGAAACAUUCAAUAGACUACAUAAAUACAAACGAUUUAACCAGCAACUGCUCAACGCCUUGAAGAAUAGCCAGUGGGAUAGGAAGAAUAAAACAUACAUCUUCCAGGACACACUUCACUUAAACACCGUAUCAAAUCCAUCAGUGGUACUGGUUGACUCGGAUAGUCCUGAAGUCUAUCAAAAGGACCUGGAUGUGAUGUAUAAUAGGAAAUUCGAGUACAGACUAUACGUGCAUGGAGGGUCGGGAAAAUAUUCCCUGACAACACAUACACCCAAUGUCAAGUAUUCAUUCUCCAAACUAUACGCAUUUGAUACUGAAGAUUCCAAACGUAGUUUCUACCAUGAAGACUCUAUCCCCGAUGAAUCUUUGCCGGUUUCGGUCAAAGAUACACAUCUGGUUGUUAACCUGUUCGACAAUGAUAAGUUAAGAGGUAGUGGAAGAUUCCUAACAUUUUCAUCAGACGAAUCCGGAGAUGUAAUCCUCGGAAUCAAAGACGACGAUUUGUUAUGGCAAGACACACUGAAACUCAACGUUCACUUGAGAAGACCAAAUAACCUGAAGAUGUAUAUUCACCCAAUAUCACCGGCAGGAAGUGAUAGGAAGAAUCCGAAAGUACAAUUAAUGAAGGAAGGAGAACAGUUGGUGUUUUUGGACGAAAAGUAUAAACUGGGCUUGGAAUGCUAUCACAACACUCGAAAGCUGCUGGCAAAGACAACGAUGCUGUCAUUCCAACUUCUAGAUGAUAACAUCCUCAUGAAAAUACAAAGUAAAGGAGGACACAGAAGUAAGGUUGAUAAGGAAGAAUUGAGAAGUGAAUUGAUGGUUAGAGGAGAAGAAGAAGUGGAAAUGAAGACAGUGGAGUUGGGAACAAGUACAUUAUUGGUGAGAGACUUGGAAGGAACCAUGAAAGUGCCAUUCAAGUUUAAAGUGUCAAAUAAGCCGUUAUUGAGCUUUGAACAGUUGACAGUGUUGCCAGGAACGAAGUUUGAUGUCUCGUUUGAGAAUAUAAUCAGUUAUAGUAACUUGGUGGUGAAGACGACAUGCACAAGUGGUCACUGCCAAGGACAAGAACCCGACAAAGAAAACCCAUAUUCACUAAAGUUUGAAAACCUUGGAACAUAUAAUCAUGAUGUGGAAGUGAUGUACUCAGAUAAUGAACUAACAAGACUGAGUCACAAGUUGACAACGAAUGUUUCAAGACCGGUAAGCAUGGAAUUGAACCUGCCAAGCCUAAGCGAAUCAGUGAAUAGUGGAACAGAAGAAAACAAGUCAGAAUACUUAGUGGAAAGAAACUCAGUGCAUAACUUGAAUGUGCUGGUGUUUGACGAUAAGAAUAACCUGUUCACACCGCUGUACUUGAACAGCCCAAGCCUCAAAUUCGACUACAAGUUCACAAACACAUGUAAACUACUCAACGACCCAAUGAAUAGUACCCAGCUUGAAGAAGAAAGCAAUAGAAACAACGUGCAACUGCUGGUCACGGAAGAAUGUGAGCUGGAAGUGCUCCUUAAGUAUAAUAACUCAGUGGUCCAAUCUAAGAAAGUUGAAUUCAAAAUCAAGCCAGUGGAAACGCUAUUCGGAGACACAGAAACAGAUGAAGUUGAAGAAUCAGACUACAGAUGUGGAAGCAUGGAUAUGGAGGAAAGCCUAAGCUAUGGAGGAGUGUAUGAAAUCAGUAAAAGCUUCAAGAGUUACCCAGAAAAUAAGCUCAAACACCUCGGAAACAACCUCUACAAAGUCACAUCUGAAGGAAGUGUAAUGCUAACAACAGAUUCUAACGUGUAUAAUCUAAAGCUGCUAAGGCCAACACACUUCUCACUAUCACCAGUGAGAUCAGAAUUUUCAUCAGAAACAUCAGAAAGUAGAAGUAGCAGAGAUACGUUGGAACACGAUAUCAUGAGUAGUAAUACCAGUAAACUCAGCUUCAAUCUUAACCUGUACUCCAAUAGAAGUAGAUUGAGAAUGCCGUUGAAUUCAAAGUUCACACUCAGAUUCAAAGACCUUUCAGUCUUCACAUACACACUCGAGAAACAACUACUAACACUUACACCGAGUAAGAUAGGAGAAACAACGAUGGAAAUACUAUUCAACUUGGGAAGUGGAGUCACCGGAGGAGUCAGUGCCGGAAGUAGUAGAAGCAGUGGAAGAGUCAGUGGAGAAACGAGAAGAAGUACAGGACUGGAAGAAAGAUUGAAUAGAAUCUACCACUUGAAGAACACAGUCACAGAUUACAGCAGUGAACUCACAGCGAUUCAAGGAGCAGGAGUGUACUUGGCGGGAAGAGCGAUCAACACAGUUGUGGCAAACAUAGACGUCAACACACACGAGUUCAGCAAACUACUCAAGAAUAAGUUCACAGUCAAGACAUUCAGACCGAGCUUCGGAACAGAAAGUGAAAUGACACAUAUUAACCUAACAGAAAUCUUGAAUACCGAAACCAAACUCAAGAGUAAACUAAGCAGUAAUAGAGGAACGUACAAAGUGUUCCUGAACAUGGUCACAGACUCACUAAACAUGCUAUUCACGACAUCAAGACUGGGAACAAAUAAUAGCAGCAGUAGAGAUAGUGGAAGACUGUUUAGUGUCAACGCGCUCAAAGACGCAUAUCACUGCACAGGAUGCCAGUGCAGACUACAACUCAAAUACAAGCUGGAGUCACCGGUCACAUUGAAUGAUCUUCAGGCAGCUAACGCACUAAUGUACGAGUACUACACAAGACGACGGAGGGAUGAGAAUAUGGAGGAUUUGAUGAGGAUGCUCAGCAGUCCCCUGUACGGUUUAGACGAUAGCAUGUGGAAUAAAGAACUUGGAGCAGUAAGAGAUUCAAGUGUUAAAGUUAGUUUGCCAGGAAAACAGACAUUCAAGAAUUCAACCAAUGAUCAGUUUGCAGUCAGCACAGUGCCGUUCAACCCCUCAAAUUUCAAGUUCAAGCAAGUCAACGGUUCGACAAUUUUACUAUUACCAAAUUCCGCCAAGGGCUUCAAGGAAGACGUAGUGCUGGGGAACACAAUGAAUGUUGAGUAUUAUAACUAUGAACUUAAGUAUAAGUUCAGUGACCAAAUAUUGGAUAAACUCUUUUACCUCAAGCCGUCAUACAGACCAUACACUGGUAGCGAAGCCAAUGAAACAGGUGACACCAGCUUAAUACACAGAUUGGGCUACGACAUGGUUUUAAUUAACACGUAUAACAGAGAUUGGAACAUUCUUAAGAAUUACUUAAGAACUAUGUCAAAUGACCUAUUAAAGGGGAAACACAAAGUAACACUAACGUUAUUAAACGUUCUUACCACUGAUGGCGGGAAGGAUAGUGUAAAAUUGUUAGAACAAGAGCUGGAAGUUCACCUACCAGAGAUAAUGUUAUUCGUUGAUGGGAAUGGACAUAUACUGAAUGAAAUCAAUGAGAGUAACUUCAACAAUCUGAUUCACGCAUACCCACUCAACACCUCAUAUAAGUUACACUUGACAAGUGAUAGGUUCUUGUUAAAAACUAUCGAGAAAUCAGGCCAACUCACAACCUUUAUAGUCUAUUGCAACGCAUCACCGGAGUUGAUUCAAAGAGCAAAAGAGGAAACAGGAGAUGAACAACUGGGAGAUUAUCUCAUGGUGUUGGAUGCAAAUGAUAAUAUCGUGGCUAAGAUCAAGAUCAACACUGACCUAUCAUCAAUACCAACUGGAGGAUUAAAGUUAUCUCAAUUGAACAUACUUAACAGGGCGAAAUUUUCGGACUUGCUACACAUCUCGGUGGUUGUGGCCAUUCUACUCUUCAUCCUAUUCGUACACAACACCAUCAAGAACAGUCAGUUCCGUGAACCAAUGGUACCCAUCAAACUCGAUCGCACAUUACCAAAGUCGUUUCAACAUCUUUAUCAAACUAACUACAAUUACAGAAGUUAUGGAUGAUUUAAUCAAUGAAAGGAGAAGGCUAAAGUUUUCACUCACCCCUUUUUUGUAUCACAUUUUAAAUCUCUCAAGUUACCAAGCAUUAACUCUCAUUACCAAUCUUUAACUCAUUACCAAGCUUUAAAUUUCACAUCGCAAAGUUUAAACACACAGUUGCAAUUUUUCAUCGCGAAGCUUUAACUCACAUUAUCAAGCUUUAAACUUAGUCACCAAGAUUUAAACACACAGUUACAAAAUUUUCAUCUCAAAGCUUUAAGCUCUCAUCACUAUUUUAGUUCCAAAUUGUCUAAUUUUAAGUGUAUCAUAUUUUAAUUUGUACCAUAUUUCAAAUGUAGUGUCGGUUUUAAUUUUAAUAUAUUUCACAAUCAACAAA